UAGGGAUAUGAUUUCCCUUUUGGGCCUUCCGCUAUUCCGACCCGACAGCAAAAGGUUAUAUACAGGCUCAUGUCCUGCCUCUCUAAUUUUUUCUCAGUCCAUACCUCCCUCAAUUAUCUGUUUACCAGAAAGGUCUCAUAAGCUCGAUGCGAUUACUCUGUCGUACUUGGCUAACUUCGAAACUUCAAGCCACUCCCCAAGUCCUUCGCCUUCAAUACACCGGGAUGGCGGGGCCACCCAGAAAAGAGGGAGAUAUCUCUUCUGUCUUUGUUUCUCUCUCUGGCGUUGCUCCCACGCCUCUUCCGCAUCGUUUUAUAGACCUCAAGAAAGAACUCACUGAAGGCCAUGAAGAGGCUCUAACAGCAAGUUGGGGCAGGCUUUUAAAGGCUAUUGAUGCAGAGGUCAAAUACAUUUUCAGUCGCGGGUCUUCGGUGAUACCCAGCAUCGAAUUUUCAGAACUGGACAACAACCCAGCUGAGUUCCGGGCAGAGCUGAGAAAAAGAGGUGUUGGCGUUGUGAGAAAUGUGGUGCCUUCGAAAGAGGCUAGAGCAUAUAAGGAUGAAAUUGAAGCGUAUGUCAAGGCUAACCCUUCAACCAAAGGUAAGAACACUGUACAUUGUCUCUUAUACAUAGUUAUCUCCCUUCUUCUCCAAAGCCAGUUCGAAGUUUAGGCAUCGAUUUCGGCCGAUGCAAAAAGAUAAGGAGCUGUAUGGAUAUAUCUUGAGACUCGCUAACCGCUUCCAGGCUUCCCCAAGGAUGACCCAUGCGUCUUCGAGCUCUACUGGUCUCCAGCUCAGGUAAAAGCUAGAGCUCAUCCAAAUCUCCUUCAAGCUCAAUCACUACUCAUGAAUACAUGGCAUUCAAAAAAGGACUCCAAAGCCCCCAUAUCCAUGACGACCCCACUAUCGUACGCAGACCGAGUACGCAUCCGUCAACCAGGUGAUACAGGCUUCGCACUUGGACCCCACAUUGACGGUGGAAGUGUCGAGCGCUGGGAGAAGAAUGGUUAUGGCAAGUCGGGUGUUUAUGACAGCAUCUUCGCUGGCGACUGGGAAUCCUACGAUCCGUGGGAGUCGAGUUGUCGUCUUGAAGCCGUCACGGAUCUGUACCAGGGCGCUGGAGCGUGUACUAUGUUUCGAAUGUUCCAAGGUUGGCUCAGCAUGUCUAACACCAAGCCUGGAGAAGGAACACUCCAAGUCAACCCCAUGAUUAAAUUAACUACCGCAUACACAUUACUUCGUCCAUUCUUUCGGGCUAUUACACCCUUUGAAAUAGAUGUCUCUGGAGCGCCAAGUCAGAAAUAUCUCGAUGCCUCAAAUUGGGCUUUCGAACCAGCUUAUAAUUCCGAAAUCCAAGGCGCAGCAUUGGGAAAUAGUCAAGAGCUCAACACGGAACUGCAUCCUCAUCUCCACCUCUCACAAUCCAUGGUUCACGUCCCGGAAAUCAAUCCCGGAGACUACGUCGUCUGGCACUGCGAUGCCAUCCACGCAGUUGACAAAGUCCACGCAGGAAAAAGCGAUUCUAGCGUCCUGUACAUCCCCUGUUGUCCUUUGACGGAAAAGAAUGCAGAGUAUCUCGAGUUGCAGCGUAUUGCGUUCCUGACAGGAACCCCCGGACCAGACUUCCCCGGUGGAAUCGGCGAGAGUGAACAUGUUGGACGACCAAAAGUUGCAGAUUUAAUGAAGAGUUCGGAAACGAUUGGAUUGCAAGCUAUGGGAUUGGAAUACUUUGAUUUUUCGGAGGGCGCAAGUGUGGGUGAAAGAAAGGUGUUUAGGAGGGCGAAUGAGAUUUUGGGGUUUGGCGUGUGAUUAAAAUCCCCCAUA